AUGGGAUCGAGCAAGAGUAAAAAAGCUCAUAAGAAAGGAGAUGGUGGUGCUAACCAUGACAGUAUAGAAGAUACAAAAGAUAUAGGUUUUGAUGAACUAUUUCUUCGACUAAAGGAGAAGCAAGAGAAUCUUCAUAAAAGUGGAGUGGUUCAAGAACCGUUAAAGGAGAAAGGAAUAGGAAGUGAAGAUUUAUCUCAGGUCGAACCCAAUGAGAAUGAAGAAAAUAUACAAAAUGAGGAGGACAAGACUAAAAUCAUUUAUUCUUAUGAUGAAAUGAAAAAUUUAUUUGAUUCAAUACAUGAAGAUUACAUGGAUGUUAUGAAAUCAAGAUUACCAAAAAGACCAUUUUGGAGAUUGCCAAGUAAAACUUCAUCUCCUAAAGUAGAACCAGUAAAUAAAAGUGUGAAACAAAGGAAACCAUUUCAAUCACUACCAAUAAAUAGAUACGAGGGAAGUGAUGAAAUUAACAAAAGGUACUCCCUGGGAGAUUUCAAUUUCAAGUCAAAUCAGUUCGAACAUUUGAUUGAUGAGACAAAUUUCCAAAAACAAUCUCUUUUAUAUUCUACUGACUUAAGUCCUAUGAAUAUAAAAAAAGAAUUAAAUUUAAAUAAAGAUGAAAAUUUAGAUUUAGAAAAAUGGCAAAACAAAAUUAAGGAAAUUGAAACUUUACCAAAUAAUAAUCAAAGUAUGUUUCAGAAUGUGCCACUUCGAGCAUCAACAGGAAGUAUGAGUUUAUCUCCUAUUGAUAUGGACACGAAUUUAAAAAAUAAUGAAACUUUGAAUCAGAAUCAAACCUUCUAUAAUUUUGAGCAAAACAAUUCAAAAUUCACAAAUUUUUUCACUUCACCUUUUGAACCCUCACAAAGGGAUACAAAUGCGACGGUAAGCCCUGAUUUACAGCAUAAAAUAAAAUCUACCUCGCCAUUAACCACUUUUACAGAUAUGGAAAAUAGACAAUUCACAAACGAAAGAACAAUUUAUAAUCAAUCUUUUCAUAACCAGUUGGGUCAAAAUUUAAAUGCACAAGAAAAAACAGAAUAUGCGACAGGACACUUUAUGCAGGGCAUAAAAAAUCCUCAAAAAACUCCUAUUAGGAAUAAUUCACAUUUAGCAUCAAAUAAAGAAUCCUUCUCUAUACAACAAGCACCUGAAACAAUAUCUAAUGAAAAUGUAUAUCCAAGACAACCAAACGUAUGGGAUAAUAAUUAUAUGACAAUGUCGCCCAUGAACUACAACUGGGUACCUCCUAACCCAAAUAUGUGGUAUCCAAAUAUGAACAGUAAUGAAUAUCCAAACUAUAUUCCUCAAGCUAUUCCAAGAGUGACAUACCCUCCUAAUAAUGAUAGACAUAACUACAGCCCUAUGAAUUAUCAACGAAAUCCUUAUCCCACUCCAGUAUACUAUCAAGAUCCGUAUCCUACAGAUAUGUAUGCUAGUUGUAAUCCUAGCUAUAAAAUUGAAUCUGAGGCAAAGGCAUAUUACCCAUCAAAAAACUAUCAAGGCUCCACUAAUUAUUCGAACACUCAUCAUAAAAAAAAUAUGCUUUCAAAUAGUAGAAAUUGUUUUAUGGCACAGUCCAAUAGAUACUAUAAUAGAAUAGAAGAUGGGAAUGAAUUUCCAACCCAGGCAAAUAUGAAAUAG